AUGGAGUUCGCUCAAUCCGCCACCAGUAUCGCAUUAAAUGUCGCCGUUUUGCUGUUUCCCCUCCCCAUGCUUUGGUUUCUACCCAUGUCUGCCCACAGGGUGUGGGAUCUUAUUCUCGUCUACGUGUUAGGUGCUCUUUGUUGCGCUGCUGCUAUUGUUCGACUGGUUCUCCUCCAUGCCUCUAUAGCCAAAGAGCCCACUGACCUAUCCGUAGUCCAUAUCCACUCCAAGCAGCUUGUCUUCAUGAUCAUUGAGACCAAUUGUUCCAUUAUUGCCGCCUGUUUACCAUGCUACGGUGCCCUUCUCCGUGGUGGGCAAUCACUUGCAUCGAUUGUCCGGUCCUUUCUUGCUAUCCACGGCCGGGCCAACUCCCCGUCCGAUUCCAGUUUUGCUAGCCUUCAUAGCGGCAAACACUACCCGAUCCACGGAAUCAGGGAUUUGGACGCCGAUACUGGUUCUCAGGUCGAACUCACGGGGCCUACGGAGCGUUGGUCGCGAACGACAACGCAGGUCACGAUCAAGGUCAGCGGGAACCCGCAUCAGAAUGAUGAGUGUCGCUCGCCGGGGAUUGUGGUUCAUACUGAACUCGACAUAUCUAGCAAAGGAGUUGAUCCUCGUGUUGCGCCCACCAAUGACGAGGCACGUGUCCCACCUUUUCUCCUCUUCGUCGUCAGUCGGAUUCUCCACUUACUGAUUGAAUCAAUCCAACAACAACAACACAAACACUCUGUCCCUUUACUCCAGUCAAACUCGCGGAGAGAGAGACUGUUUCUCUCCCUUUCCUCACUUGUACAACUCACUCUCAUUUUCAUACCCUUUAACUUCCUCCCUUUUCCUCCUUCCGACCUUCUUUCUUCCCCACUCCCCCCUAUUACUUCCUUCUCCAUGCCCCUCUUUAAAAAAAAGUCAAAGACUCCUCCGACGACCAACUCUGCUGCAUUCCGAUCAGUCGAGCAUCUCCCAUCUUCGGUCGCAUUCCCUGGCGAUCUUGACCGACGGUUUUCCGUCUCCACCAACGAACCGGUGCCGCCACUUCCACCUCAACAUCCUGCGCAUUCCAACGUGGUUCAUCGCUCGCAGAGUCACCGCCGUCCGAACGCCUUUGCCAACCAUUCGGUAGUCCCGCCCACCACUGCUGCGCCUCCGCGCAUUGUCGAUGCUGACCCUUCCGAUCAGUUGUGGCCACACCCACAGCCAGCAGAGAGACCAGAAGAACACGAAAACCCGCGACGGUCCAGAAGAAACCUCUUCUCCUUACACUCGCACUCUUCUUCCUCCCAAGCCCCUCGGGAGUCGACUGGGUUCUUGGAACGUAGUCGUUCCGUAAGGAAAACUUCUCCGGCCCCGCAACGACAGGAGCAACGUCCCCUGUCGGUGGAUACGGCCGCUGACCCCCACUCGCCAUCAAAAUCGAGGGAGCAUGUGGUAGAUACAACGCCAGACCCAUCAAAGUCUCCCGUACUACAGGACCAAGGAAUUCCCCACGAACCUCGACCUCGCUCGUCGCAGAACCCCUCUAUACAGCGAUCGAACACCGAUUCAUCGCUUCUCGAGCAGAUCUACCGCCCAUCCCCUGUGGAGCCCAAGCAUCCGGGCGAAUUAGCUCCGGGCCCGGUCCAACAACAACAACAACCACAACAGCAUAAUCAAUUGGGUCUUCCUCGUCCCUCAUCGCGACAGUCCCUAGGACCUCCCUCGCCGUUACCACCUCCACCUGCUUACUCCGACCAUUCUGCCUCACAGAGUGCCAUGUCAGAUCGUCCGCCCAGUGGCCAGCGCGCCCCGACGGCGACCCCACCUCCAGGCGGCCAUCCGUCAUACCCUCAGGGUAAUAACAACCAGGAUCCCACAGCGCGCACCAAUGCAGCCCAACAAUCGGAACCGGGCCGUAGCACGCCCACGUCCACCCGCAUUCGCGACGAAGGAGAGGUUGAUGUGCGUACUUUAGUGCAGAAACAUGACGAACUUCAGGCGAAGUAUUCCAAAGUCAAAAGAUAUUAUUUUGAGAAGGAGGCUCAGGUGCAACAGCUACAGAAUACCGUCGCCCAUCAGCGCAUGGCUGUGUCGCGUACAGUGCUGGACGAUAACGAGUAUGCCAACCGAUUCGGUCGUCUGGACGGCGCCAUCAAGGAUUUGGCGUUUGCAUUCCGAAAAGAGUGGAAAAGUCUUCCCAAGUGGUUGGCGGGUUACGUGAACGACGAUGCGCAUAUCACCGGCACGAAAGAGAUGACCGCGAUUGGUCGUGCAGUAAUUAGUCGGUGGCUUGUGGACGAGUUGUUUGAGCGUUUUUUCCACCCGGCACUGGAUCCCACCUUCAGUCGACAGUUGAAGAGCAUCGAGAUGAACCUGCGCCGGCAGCAGGGCAAUACUCUCACCGACGAGGAUAAAGAGAACGCGAUCGCACGCAUUUCCAAUUGGCGACGGACGACCUUGGAUGGCCUCACAGAUGCACUUCAAGGACCAGCUGCCGAAGAACACCGGGGCCAGCUGAUUGACCAUUUGGUUGAUAGUCUGGUUGCCAACCUGGUGUCAUAUCUAGGUGAUCCUCCGCCGCCCGGGCUGGACAACGGCGCACGCAUGAUUGUGGAGAAUGCUGUAGGUAUCGCGGACAAGGUCCCCUUGGAGUCGCGCGACGUCUGUAUUGAGUACAUCCAUCCCGGCACCCUCCUACACGAGCCGAACAUGAAAGUCGAGACCGGCCUUCCCCCACUCACGAACGUGAGUGCUGAAUCCGCCGCGGCGCGAGGGUCCGGCGACCACGAACGCCUUGAAGGACCGCCUGACGAGGCCGACAGAGAGUCGUCCGGGUCAACGAGCCAAGAGGGCACGCCAGGGGGCCCGCAUCCCGGACGCGAACCGCGCAUGCGGUCCGUAAUCAGCAAGGUAAUGGGACGGAGACAAAACCAGGGCGCUGCUCCGAGCCCCGGUGGCAAUGGGGACAUGCGCCCUCCCACGGCUAUGGAAGAACGGAACAGCCUGGGAGCGGGACGGAUUCGGUUUGCAUCCUUCAUUACUGCGGAAGUCAGAGGACGAGGUCCGAUGAAUGUGUUGGUCAAGGCGCCUGUAUAUUUGAUGGACUAA